GGUUCUUCAGCCUCGUUCCCGGGUAGUAUAAAGAUUGCUGUCUCCUUUGUUCGCCCUCGUUGCGCAGUCGUCCUAGCGUCAUUUCUGUUCCGUUCUGAAAAUCGGUAGCUGUCACUGGUGCUGCACUGCUCGGGAGGCCCCGUCUGGCGAGCUCAUAGGAGCUUGAGACCGUCGCAGUCCCCUCGGCAGACCCCUCCCAUCAGUUGAGAGGAAAAAUGGUUGAAGCAGACCGCCCAGGAAAGCUCUUUAUUGGUGGGCUUAAUACAGAAACAAAUGAGAAGGCUCUUGAGGCGGUGUUUGGCAAAUAUGGACGAAUAGUAGAAGUGCUUUUGAUGAAGGACCGAGAAACCAAUAAGUCAAGAGGAUUCGCUUUUGUCACUUUUGAAAGCCCAGCAGAUGCAAAGGAUGCUGCCAGAGACAUGAAUGGAAAGUCCUUAGAUGGAAAAGCCAUCAAGGUGGAGCAAGCCACCAAACCAUCAUUUGAAACUGGUAGACGUGGACUACCUCCACCUCCAAGAAGCAGAGGCCCUCCCAGAGGUCUUCGAGGGGGAAGAGGAGGAAGUGGAGGAACCAGAGGACCCCCCUCACGGGGAGGACAUAUGGAUGAUGGUGGCUAUUCCAUGAAUUUUACCCUCAGUUCUUCAAGGGGACCUCUUCCAGUAAAAAGAGGACCACCACCACGAAGUGGAGGUCCUCCUCCUAAAAGAUCAGCACCGUCAGGACCAGUUCGUAGCAGCAGUGGAAUGGGGGGAAGAGCCCCUGUGUCACGUGGAAGAGAUGGUUACGGAGGUCCACCACGCAGGGAGCCACUGCCUUCUCGUCGAGAUGUUUAUUUGUCCCCGAGAGAUGAUGGAUAUUCCACUAAAGACAGCUAUUCAAGCAGAGACUAUCCAAGUUCUCGAGAUACACGAGAUUAUGUGCCACCACCAAGAGAUUAUACUUAUCGUGAUUAUGGUCAUUCCAGUUCACGAGAUGACUAUCCAUCAAGAGGUUAUAGUGAUAGAGAUGGAUAUGGUCGGGAUCGUGACUAUUCAGAUCAUCCAAGUGGAGGUUCCUACAGAGACUCGUAUGAGAGUUAUGGUAACUCACGUAGUGCUCCACCCACACGAGGGCCCCCGCCAUCUUAUGGUGGAAGCAGUCGCUAUGAUGAUUACAGCAGCUCACGUGACGGAUAUGGUGGAAGUCGAGACAGUUACUCAAGCAGCCGAAGUGAUCUCUACUCAAGUGGUCGUGAUCGCGUGGGCAGACAAGAACGAGGGCUUCCCCCUUCUAUGGAAAGGGGGUACCCUCCUCCACGUGAUUCCUACAGCAGUUCAAGCCGCGGAGCACCAAGAGGUGGUGGCCGUGGAGGAAGCCGAUCUGAUAGAGGGGGAGGCAGAAGCAGAUACUAGGAACAAACAAAACUUUUGGACCAAAAAUCCCCAUUCAAAGAAACAAACAAAAAUGGAAACUUUGUCAUAAACUACCCAAGGACUACUAAAAGGAAAGAUUAUGUUACCUUUUUAAAAUUUCCUGUUCCCCUUAAUAAUUUUUAUGUUCUUGUGAGGGAAAAAAAUAAGACAUGUUUAAUUUUAUUUGCUAUUAUGAGUUGCUUUCAACAAGCAAAUGAUAGAGAUGUGUAAGACUUGUUACUAGUGUUGUACUUUUCCAAGUAAAAGUGUCCCUGAAGGCCACUUCCUGAUUUUUCCCAGUCAGUGAGGCAAGCAAUCCCAAGAUCUUCCACAAACUCUCAGCCAUCUAGAUGUUCUCUGGUCUCCAUUGAGAGAUGAAUCACCCUGCCUGUGCAGACAGCUAGCCAUUAGAGAGGGUUGGUUGGGUGUGCUACUUUCAGGAUUUUAGGGUAUCUUCCAACUGAAACCUCAAAUGUUCGCAGUAUAUAUAUUAAAACAAACAAACAAACCUGAGAUCCGAUGCCUAGGGAUGUACCCAGAAACCCAAAAAAAAGCAAAUGGAUACUGGCCAUAUUUUGCUUUUCUGACAUUUCCUUGGGAAUCUACAAGAACCUCCCUUCCCCUCCCUGAGUAAGACCAUUUAAGUGUGUGUUAAACAACUACAAAAUACUCAAUAAAAAGUUUGGCCAAAAUCAACCAUGAAGCUGCAAAACGAUGCUUGCUCUUACUGUUUCAAAUUUUUGCAACUCUGUAGUGUCUCACUUUUAAAGGAACAGCUUGAUUGCAAAGGAGAAAAUAGAUAAGCAAUGAAGUUAUCUCCAACUUCCUAAAGGCUUAUGACUUCUAAAAAGUGAAUCUGUCAGCAUUCCACAUCAGAUUUAAAGCACCAAAUGCCUGUGAAACAGCAAAGAUGGUUGAACCUAAUGGUCAUGUGGUCAUGGAGUGCUGAUUGAUUCACAGUAGAUAAAGCUGGCAGUAAGGAACAGUCAGAUGCUCAGAGUUGUUGAAGCAGAGGAAUGCUGAGACUAAGCUACAGCAGUUACUUACCCAGUGUGCAUCAGAAUUGGUUUGGUACAGGCAAUAGAUUUUUUUUUGUCUUCAAGGGAGGGAGGCUAAUAAUGAAACCUAAUCAGUGCUGGUUAAACCUUAAUUAGGGAGUGGUAAUGACUUAAAAUUGACUGCAAAGAAGGAGACUAAUUGUUAAGUGGAGGUACCUACCCAAGAAGUUCCGGUGACUCUUUGUAGAGGUUCAGUAGUUCCAGCAAAGUAAUGGAGCAACUCUGCAAUUUAGAGCUGAUCACUGACUAGAGGAAACUUGAAUUAGCUGGGACUGUAACUCCAUGGUGGAGUGCUUGCCUAAGUACCAGUGAGGCCUAGAGUUCAACCCCUGCCAGAACACACAAACAUUUCAGUCAGAAAAAUUACACCUCAGUGGUAACUUUAUUCACUGAUGUCUGAGUUUCAGCAAGGAGCCCAUUUGAUGAAUUGCCUCAUCAGUAAGAAACAUUAUCAAUUGUCCUGUAAAACUUAGAAGGGGAAGGGCAGUACUGGGAAAUGGAAAUAAAAACUGGAAACAUUGUUAGAUUAGUGGAGAGCAUAUUGGAAACAAAAAAUAGGUCACUGGGUCAUUGUAGUUUUAUAAAGGUACUUUACACUCAGGUCUCCAUCUUGGAAACGAAUCAUGAUACAACUCUAGUUUACUUACUGCCUUGGAAACUAAGAGCCAGUAAUGUAAAAGCAGAUAUUUUCAACAGAAGCGGGUUGAAUUAUAGGGUCAAAAAAUUUAACUCAACUGCGAUUUUUCUUAAGAAUUUGUUAUAAUACUGUUAUAGUUGAGGGAAUUUCAAGACUUCAAUACUCUAAUCAGGCCUGGAGUGGGUUCUUCUGUCAAGACUUUUAGCCUCUUGACAUUUUAUGUACAUUUUUUAGUUUGUCAUUGUCAAUACUACACUGAAUAUGAAUAUUAAAUUUAAAGUAGGGAGUACAUAGAAAAUUUUAAGAGACUUUUUUGACAAAUGAUAGAAUAUAGAACCAGCAGGCCUAAAAUCUGUAAUUAGAAAAAAAUUAGCCUUGAUUCUUCUGGCUAAAGUCUGGUUAUAGAAGAAUUUGAAUAAUACAGUGUUGUGGUGUAUUUGGUCGCUGGAUGUAGAACAUACGUAUUAUAGGUCAUUUUUUGGAAUGUUUUGCAUUGAAACCCAAUAAAACUUGAACAUGUGUC